AUGCCUCCUAAGAAUAGCAUUAGAUUAUGCCAGUUGUUAGGCACCAAAGAACCAAUUUGGCAGGCUCCAAUGGCUGGUAUUUCCACGGCAAGACUUGCAGCUGAUGUCACUAAUAAUGGAGGACUUGGAGCAUUACCAUUGGCUAUGUUUGAUUUGCGUAAUCCAGAAGGCUUGAAGAAACUUGCAAGUACGGUAGACGAGUUUUCACGUCUUGUAUCUUCCAAUAGAGCUAACACUGUGAACUUCAACUUCUUUUGUCAUGAUGUGUACUCCACAGAAACUCCACCUUCGCAGGUAAAGAAUUGGUGGACUCUCUAUAAAAAUUCGUUAAAGACAUUAGAAGACAGUUUGCUUAGCAAAAUUCCGUUCGACAAUGGCAAUGUUUCUUUUAAGGAGAUCGAAAGGGACUAUCCUGAAGAAUUGACCAAGUUGUUGGACUAUUUAGCAGAGGUAAAACCAAAAGUGAUAUCGUUCCACUUUGGACAUCCUACCAAGUCGACCAUAGAAAGAUUGCAGAAGGAAGGUAUCAUGGUUGUAGUUACCACCACAUCCAUUGAGGAGACCAAAGCUCUUUUGGACUUGGGUGUGGAUGGAUUGGUUUGUCAGGGAUACGAAGCUGGUGGGCAUAGAGGUAACUUCUUGGUUGGAAAAGAGUUGGAUGAAAAUUUAUCUACAUUUGCUUUAUUUUCUCAGGUUCAGAAAUAUGUCGCCAGUCAGAAUAAGGAUGUGUUCUUGAUCCCAGCUGGGGGAAUCAUGGAUGCUUCAACGAUCAAGUACUAUCUUUCUCUUGGUGCACCAGCUGUACAAAUGGGGUCCAUUUUUCUUGCUGCUCCAGAGACUUCUUCAAAUGGCUUCGUCAAGAAGCAUGUAGAGGGCGAAAACAAUUUGACAACUACAAUGAUUGAUUUGGUUUCAGGAAAACCAGCCAGAACUAUCAAGACCAAGUUUAUUGACAGUUUGAUCAAGAAUGACAAAUUCGAACGUAGCGAAUUACCCCCAUACGGCCAUGCUUAUAAUGCAUACAAGGUAUUGAAGGGCUUGGUUAAGGACCAUGAUAUUGGAUUCUACUUGGCUGGUCAGAAUUACCAUUCUCUUGACCCAAAGUUGAAUACUACAGAGAUUAUACAAAAAUUGAGCAAGGAGUUGGCACAGGAUUAG